AUGUUUGAAGUAACGUUUAAAGAAAUUCAACGGAUGGCAAAUCUCCUUCCAAUGAACUUACCUCAUGAACUAGUGCGAGACGUCCGCAUUGGAGGAUGGAACAUCCCAGCCAAAACCGGUGUCAUUGCUCAGAUUAGCAAUGUCCUAUAUGACGAAGAGCUAUUCCCCAGUCCGCUGACAUUCAAUCCAUCAAGAUUCAUCGACACCAAUGGCAAGCUGAAAAAGGUUGACGAACUGAUACCAUUUUCUAUUGGCAAACGACAAUGUUUGGGUGAAGGAUUAGCGAAAAUGGAAUUAUUCCUUUUCAUAGCAAAUCUGUUGAAUCGCUCCAAACUCUCAUGCGUGGACCGUACUGCUCCACCUAUUACGGACAGGACCUUUGGCAUGACUGUCCAACCCAAAGAGUAUCGGUGUUUAGUCAAGUCCAGGGCCUAG